AUCUGAGGAUGAGCGAGAGCGAAGAGGUCACAUCAGUGUAGCGAGAAGGAGAAAGAAAGACUAUGGCUGCGGAAACUGUAUUACUUGUGAUUGUGUGAUAUAGCUGUAUACGGCUUGUUGGAUAUAAUCGCUUGAUUCAUAACAUCUUUCAACUAGAAUACGUGCAAUAUAUUGAGGGAAACAGUUGUUUAAAUUUGACGCGUAAACCUAGCUAUGCAAAACGAUAAUAAAAUCUACGGUUCAACAUAAUAGACGUAUACAACCGUGAUCUAGAAGAUAAGCUGCUGGAUGAAAUUGAUGAUAAUGACAUGGAACUGGAAUCUUCUCUUGAAAACCAUAAUCUACCUAUUCAGAAUGCUGUUUUGGCUCAUCCCAGAAGACAUUCGAAAUCAAAAAAGCGGAUAAAACAAAGAUACAAAUGUUAUUCCUGCGAACCACCAGAUUGUGCUGAUACGGCGAUUCAUGCACAUUACUGCCAAAACGCUAUUCAAUGCUGGAAGUCACGAACCCGUGAUCCUGAAGGAAACGAGAACGUGCAACGAGGAUGCACUACUGAACAUGAACAGCUACCGUUGUACUGCAGUCAAAAUCAAAAAACAAGUAUUGGCAAUGGAGGUGGACCUAAGAAACGCCAUAUUUCCAGUACCGGAAUGUAUAAUAUUGAAUGUUGCACGGGUGAUUAUUGUAAUAAUGGAUCUUUUCCCGAGCUACCCCCGAUUAAAGUUUCAAAUACAGUCCCGGUGGCAGAUCCGUUCGUAUUGAAAAUGACUGCAGCAAUUCUUGUACCAUUUGGGACGGUUGUAAUUCUUGCUGCUACUGCUAUUUAUUGUAUGCGCCGAGCCCACAAAAAACGAAUGAACGCCUGUCGAACCAAAUACGAUCCCGAAACAUAUUAUACAAACGACGAUGUACUGCGAGCUACCAGUGCAGGAGAUAGCACCUUGCGAGAAUAUUUACAACACUCCGUCACCUCUGGCUCUGGCAGUGGAUUACCUUUACUUAUACAACGUACUCUUGCUAAGCAAGUGUCUCUUUGCGAAUGUAUUGGCCGAGGUCGAUUUGGAGAAGUUUGGCGCGGCAUCUGGCACGGUGAAAGUGUCGCAGUGAAAAUAUUCUUCAGUCGUGAUGAAGAUUCAUGGAAACGUGAAACCGAGAUAUACGGAACGGUUUUGUUACGUCACGAAAACAUUUUGGGAUACGUUGGCUCGGACAUGACUUCAAGAAACUCUUGCACUCAAUUGUGGCUUAUUACUCACUACUAUCCACAAGGCUCACUAUAUGAUUAUUUAAAUCGUACUGCAAUUACGACACAUCAAAUGAUCACUAUUUGCCUUUCGAUUGCCAACGGAAUGGUGCACCUGCAUACUGAGAUAUUUGGAACUGAGGGUAAACCGGCAAUCGCACACCGUGAUUUAAAAACAAAAAACAUAUUGAUUCGAGCAAAUGGAACAUGCGUUAUUGCGGAUUUCGGAUUAGCUGUAAUGCACAGUCAAACAACUAAUAAAAUUGAUAUAGGCAACACCGCUCGUGUCGGGACAAAACGUUAUAUGGCCCCGGAGGUACUUGACGAAAGUAUUAGCAUGGAUUGUUUCGACGCUUUAAGAAAAGCUGAUAUUUACGCAAUCGGUCUGAUUUUUUGGGAAGUUUGCCGACGUACCAUCUCUUGUGGCAUCGCUGAGGAGUACAAAGCUCCAUAUUUUGAUUACGUGUCCUCUGAUCCCAGUUUUGAGGAAAUGCGCAAAGUGGUUUGUGUAGAUAACUACAGGCCGUCCGUGCAAAAUCGUUGGACAUCUGAUCCGUUUCUCGCAAGCAUGUCUAAGUUGAUGCGCGAAUGCUGGCAUAUGAACCCAAACGUACGAUUGCCAGCAUUAAGGAUUAAGAAAACUCUUCUGAAAAUGGCCAGCUCUGACGAAAGUAUCAAAAUUACGCUCGAUGGUGAAGUAAUAGUAUGACGAAGCAGCCGUUCAUAAGACGAGUGUUUGGAUAUCAUUUAAGUUCAACUAUGUUUGUAGGGUUUUGUCAUCAUUGCAAGUUAAUAAUAAUUUGCAUGGUGGUAAUGGCCGUACAUUGAAUUCUCAUUUCAUAUUUAUAAUGCAAUCAACUUUAGGAGUUGCCAUACACGUAAUGACGAAGUGUUUGAAGUACAUAAGUAGUUAAUAUUUAGCAAUGUAUGAAAGUAACGAUUAUUUGAAGAACGGUAUUACUGUACGGUACAUUUUCAUUUACGCAAAAUGUGUCGCUUGGCAAUAAAAAUAAGGUUAUUUUAAAAAUCAUCGGCCUUUACAUUAACCUGCUGGAACCAGUGGGAUGAAACAAAAAUAAAAGUUGGUUAUUCGUCAUCGUGCCAUGGAGGGAAUAGAUGGUUCAGAGCUCUUAAUGUUUAAGAAUAAUGAUUGUACACUCAUUGAAUAUACAUUCUGAAUAAGCAUGUUGUAAAUAUAUAUUUUUGUAAUAGUUGUGCA